CCUAAAUCUAGCUUCUCAUCCAUCACACACGUCCACGCCUAGGCCGAUUACCUCUAUCUUGGCCCCAUCAGGUUCAGACCUCGUCGAAAGCGACCUCGUGCCUCUUCAGAGCAUUCCAAACACGUCAACAUGUCGGCAGCUCAACAAGUUCGAGCCAACAUUACGAUGUACUACGACAUUGUAUCUCCUUGGAGCGUCAUAGCCUUCAAAGUGUUGCAGAGGUACCAUCAAAAGUGGGAUUUCGAGUUGCGCUUUCAGCCCAUCAGCUUGGGAAAGGUGAUGCAGAUCUCUGGGAACAAGCCUCCUAUCACGGUCAACAACAAGGGCAAAUGGAUGUUUCAAGAGAUUGAAAGGGUUCCAGCUUUCUACGGCGUGAACCUGAACACGCCCCAUGGAUUUCCAAUGAACACGCAAUUGGCCCAAUCUUUCCUGCGCGAGCUGCGCGAUCGUUCUUCUGCCGAUCACGAUGCGUACGCCUGGACAUUGAUGGACGCAUCGUGGAUUUCCAGCAAGCCCGUGGUCCAAGCAGAGGAUAUUCUAGAAGCUGUCAAACACGUCGGUCUCAUUCCCCAGACGGAAUUAGAGGAGAUUUUGAAAAAGGCGCAAACGAGAGAGGCAAAGGACAAGUUGAACGAGGAGAGCAAACGAUUGGUGGAGGAUAAGGGCGCUUUUGGAAUGCCGUGGUUCAUCGUCAAGCGGGCGUCGGACGGAAAGACGGCGAGUUUCUUCGGUAGUGAUAGGUUCGAACAGAUCGCAGCGUUCAUGGGCGAAGAGUACAAAGGUCCAUUUGCAGAUGGCAGACGGGCACGCCUUUGAUGCAUGGCUGUUCAAGCACGUGUAUAUGCUACAUUUGACAGAGGAGGCUACUGUCCUUGCAUGCAAUAAAAAUCACAAAGAUAAG